CACGGAGGGGGAGGGAGGAUUGACUUUUACCUGAUGUAGAUAGCGUGCUCUCCCCUUUGGCUCCCCUCUUCUUUGCUCUUCUCUUCAACCCAGCCUGUCUGGAGCCGCAGAGGACUGUCAGCUUGUACAGACGAAGCACAAGAUCAGAGUGCUGGCAGAGCAAGUGUGCCUACAGCUCUGCUACCUGCUCUACCACCCUCUGUUACUUUCCCUCACACAAAAUGCUCUCACUGGCACACAUUCAGAGAACUUUCUCUCUUGCGCACACACUUACAUGCUGACAAGCAGGCAGGCACACCCCCUCCCAUUAUCAGUGCAGCGAGCAGUUCUGGAGUGAGCAGCAAGGGGCUGUAUUUUGCUCCUCAGCAGCAGCAGCAGCAGUAGCAGUAACAGCAUCAGUAGCAGGAGCAGCAGCAGCAGCAGCAGCAGGACGGGUCCAGAGGAGGGCAAUCAUCACCAGACAUCACACACCAGCUUCUACAAGUGAAGCGUGUGCCAGCAGGACAGCCAUGGAGGACACACUCACCUGCAGCCAUGCCACCUUCUCCCAGGUGUUUGGACGUCAGGGACAACUGAUGCAAGCCACGGUCCAGUCUCUCAACAGCCUAAACGACCAGAUUGCUCAGUUCAUGGUGACCAGACCUUGUAGCCUGACUGACGAGAAUGAGGCUUUCUUACCAGGAGAGAGGGACACCUUGAGGAAGUCCAUGAACCUGAUGAGACACCUGCUUGUAGACGCCCAGGGGAAAAUCCUUAAAAUGAUGGAAGACAACAAACAGCUGGCACAGAGAAUCGAUGGGGCCAUCCAGUCUGCCAGUCAGGAAGUGACCAACCUCCGCUCUGAGCUCUCUGCCACCAGCCGUAGACUGGCAGAGCUGGGUGCCAGCAGCCCCCCUGCUUUGGAGAACCACCACCAGCACAACCACCAUGAUGACAGCCUCCACUACCGGGAUCCAUCUGUGCAUCACAGGCAGAAGACGAUGGUGACAGACAUGUGCUACCCAACAGAGAUAUCCAGUUUGAUGGACUUUGGCACUCCAGACUGCUCACUAGGCAAAGUGUUGUUGCGUGAGGAGGUGGCCCAACUUCAGGAGGAGGUGCACCUGCUCAGACAAAUGAAGGACAUGUUGAGCAGGGACCUGGAGGAAACCCAAGGAGGCUGCUCCACCAAUGUGCUCUCUGCCACUGAGCUCCGUGUGCAGCUGGGUGACAAGGAGCAGGAGCUGGACCGUGCCAAGGAGGCCUUACAAGCUAUGAAAGCUGACCGUAAACGUCUAAAGGUAGAAAAAUCCGACCUGGUGAGUCAGAUGCAGCAACUGUAUACAACACUGGAGAGCAGAGAAGAGCAGCUGCGAGAAUUCAUACGCAACUACGACCAGCACCGAAAGGAGAGUGAGGAUGCAGUGAAAGUCCUGGCGAAGGAGAAGGACAUGCUUGAGCGGGAGAAGUGGGACCUGAGGAGGCAGACCAAAGAAGCCACAGAGCAGGCCAACAUCCUGCGUUCUCAGAUGGACAUGAAGGAGAACAGGAUCAAAGAGCUGGAGGCCGAACUCACCAUGGCAAAACAGUCUCUGGCCACGCUGACAAAGGACGUACCCAAGCGCCACUCUCUGGCCAUGCCCACAGAGCCCGUGGUUAACGGCAGCCAGGAGUGGGUGAUGCAGGCCGACCUGCCGCUCACCGCCGCCAUCCGCCAGAGCCAACAGACCCUGUACCACGGACACACCACGGACAGACAGGCUGUGGUCAGGAUCAGCCCUUGCCACUCUCGCCAACCCUCUGUCAUAUCCGAUGCCUCUGCAGCCGAUGGGGACCGCUCGUCCACACCGAGUGACAUCAACUCACCUCGUCACCGGACCCACUCUCUCUGCAAUUCUAUGGAGGACCUGGAGGACCAGAAGCGUAAGAAGAAGAAGGAGAAGAUGACUCUGGGUUCCCUGUCACGGGUGUUCACUCGAGGCAAACAGCGCAAAUCACUGGACCCCGGCUUGUUUGAUGACUCUGACAGCCUCACACAGAGCCUGUCUGAUGGAGAGGAGCAGCUGGACCGCCUCCAGCAGGCGGAGCUCACUCGAAACACAUGCAUGUCGCUGUGGAGGGCAGGUGCAGUCCAGGCCUGGCUGGAGGUCGUCAUGGGAAUGCCCAUGUACCUCCGCGCAUGCUCGGAAAACAUCAAAAGUGGCAAGGUGCUGCUAGGACUGACAGAUGAAGACUUAGAGCUAGGUUUGGGUAUCACUAAUCCAAUUCACCGCAGGAAACUGAGAUUGGCCAUUGAGGAUUACAGGAGGGCCGAAGGAGACCAAGGGUUAUCAAAAGCAUCUGAUAUGGACCAUCACUGGGUUUCAACGUCAUGGCUGAGUGAUGUUGGACUUCCUCAAUACUCACAAACGUUCCAGACUCAUUUAGUGGAUGGCCGGGUCCUAAACUCUCUCAGCCGCAGAGACCUGGAGCGACUCCUUAACAUUAGUGACCAGUUCCACCAGACCAGCUUACUUCUAGCCAUCCAGCUGCUGCAGAUGCUCAGCUUUGACAAAGAGGCCCUGCAGGCACGACGGGCAAAAUGUGAGCACCAAGACCGGGACCCCAUUGUUUGGACAUGUCACAGAGUAAUGAAGUGGAUCAGAGACAUAGACCUCAAGGAGUUUGCAGAAAAUCUUCAGGGUAAAGGGAUCCAUGGAGCUGUGAUGGCUCUGGAUCCAUCCUUUGACACGGAUGCUAUGGCCAAAGCCCUGGGGAUCCCCAACAACAAGCACAUGCUACAUCGGCAUCUGUAUGAAGAAAUGAAAACACUGGCUGUCCCUCCCAGCAACUCAGAGCAGAGCAGCGAGCCUAUUGGUUCUUCUUCUCCUGUGGCUGUAACCCGCUUGGCCGAGGAGAGGAUGUCUGUGAGACGAUCAGGGAAGAGCCCACUGAGGUUACGUGCAAACAGCCACUCUGCAGAGCGAGGCCUGGGCUUCCACGGCAGCUGUGGAUCUCUGCCCAGAGAGGCCCGGGUGCAGGCUGUGCCUCGAGUCAAAGGCAGCCCCAUGCACACCUACAAGAGUGUGGAAAUCACAAACGUCUGAAGCAGCCUCAGCCAUCGGGACCAGUCGAGUUGUUUCCACUGUUUACAUUGUUAUUGUACUACAGCUGUUUACUACUGAGAGACAGGAGGGAUACACUUCAUCUGUACUAGUAUUCACCUAUGUUAUCGUCUCCGGAAUCACAUACGUGUGUAAUUCAUCACAACAUCAUCCUCUGAACAGAAACAAAAAUCUGCUUAUUUGAAUUUGUUAAAUAUACAGAAGAGGAAAGACAAGAAUUAAAAUUGUAAUGUUUCAUUAUAUAACUUCAUACUGACAUUAUAGAUGAUAACAACAAAAACUUUUUCCUUCUUUGUUGCCUUAAAAGGAAAAAGGGUUAAUAAUGCUUCAUGUAUGUUAACAGUAUUUAUGUUUAACUUUGUUUCUGUAGACACUUUUAACAUAUUGUUUUCUUUCUGUUGUUAAAUAAUAAUUGAUACAGAUGAACUUUAUUGAUCCCCAUUCAGAUUCUUAAGCAGCUCACUAAAAAAAAAGAAAAAAAUAACCAUUACACUGAGAUGCUGUAAACUCUGAUGGACAUAAAGGAUCUUCCGUACCUGUCAGUACUGCAUCUUAAUGAAGUUAGUCGCUGUAGCUGCUCCUCUAAUUUGUCACAAUGAGACGAAGAGGACGAUCUGGAUUUUUCACCAUGUCCUCCACCUUCCUCAGUGAGCAGCUUCUCUUCAAAAACAGAACAGAAGUAGGUAAAAAGUUAGUACAUAAUAUUUAUAUGUUAAAAAAAAAAAAAACAUCCAUUACACAAAGAGCAGCUUUACAUAUGAACAGGAUGUUAAUCUGGAAAGAACCAGGUUUUUGACCUUCUUUAGGGUUUAAAUAUUAUUAUUAUUAUUAUUAUUAUUAUUAUUAUUAUUAUUAUUAUUAUUAGUUUAACAGAGAAGGGUAAAGACUGAUAAUCGGACGUGGUGUGGCUCUGAAAGAUAAAAGAAAAUUACGGCCAUGAAAGAAUCUGUUUUUUACGAAACUGCACAUUUAGCCGACUGGACAAUCUGAACACAGAUACAUUUUUUAAAAUCCAGUAAAUCCAUCUUCAUUAAACAUGUAAUUAAAAAAACUAAAAGAUUUGUUUUUCGUUGAACGUGAGUGUUGAACUGAUUUCCAUACUUGUGUGACUUGCACAGUAGCUAGAAAAAAAUGGUUGAAUGUUGGGUUUUCAAAGUGUAAAAUACACAUGUUUAUAAUCUAUUAGCACUGAAAUACAGUAUAAAAAUGUAUUAUUUAAAUGUUAUGAUCAGUGGACAGAAUGUACUGGUAUAUUUUGUACAGUUUGAUCAUGUUUUAUAAUAUGCUCUUGUAUAAAUCUGACUGUUGAGCAUGAAACUUUCUUGUGAAAUGUCACCACUGUGUGCAGCUGAAACCCUGAGGUUAAUCCAAAUAGUAGAAAACAGGUUUGUCCACCGUUCUCUGGGCGUCUCCACUCACCAAAGUAAACUAAUUUCAGCGGGAAGAUGAGACCAGUUCAAACCUGCCUGUACAGACACACAAACAGCACACAUUUCCACAUCGUGUAAAAACAUUUACUGCUUUUCAUAUAUGUCAAAACUGAAGAGUUAUUGUCCAGUAUUAUUUGCAGUACCAGCCUGUUAUUGUUAUUUUUCAGGACAAAUGUAUUAAAAUCUGUGUUGGCACAAUAACAAUUGGUAAAACUUAAGACUUAAGUUAUAUUCCAGUGAAGAUUUUGAAAAGGUUCUGUGAAGUUCUACUGCAGAGUGGUGCUGAAACAUUUCUUACAAUAAAUGUUUAAUCUCAUUAAAAUCAUAUAAUUCCUGGUG